ACACCAAUUUUUGUCAUUGUCGGCUUCUCAUCUUUUUCUUUUCUUCUCUUUUCCGCAAAAGAAAAUGAGUUCUCCGUGAUUUUCCAUUGGAAAGCUUCAACCUUUUCAUCAGUGUUGAUCUGUCAACCUUCAUAACCUGCUACUGCUCCAUUAUAUUGUUCUCUCAAUCCAAUUUGGUUCUGUUUGUAUCAACUCAACAUUCACUUGUUAUAAGACCUGAAUGUUUCCAAGUUUCAACCAUUUGCCUGGAUUAUUUAUGUCAUAUUGGAAAUAAGCUCAAAGUUUGAUCUGAUUCAACUUUCGACAUAUCGAUUUCUCCUUUCGAGUUUGCUUGUCAAUGGCUACCGCGGGAGUCUCAUCUUCUGAGUGGCACAGGCAUAGCCUAUCCAGACGUGUUACCAAAGCCUUGGCUUCAGCUUUCCUUGAAUGGUUGCUAAUCUUUUUCCUGUUUAUUGAUGCUGUUCUAUCUUAUGUUAUUACAAAGUUUGCCGGUUACUGCAAAUUGCAAACGCCGUGCCUGUUCUGCUCAAGGCUUGAUCAUGUUUUAGGCAAGGAGAAAAGAGAAUACUACCGGGACUUGAUUUGUAGUGGUCAUAAGUCAGAGAUUUCUUCUUUAGCUCUUUGUCCUGCACAUGAUAAGCUUGUAAGCCUUCAAGGAAUGUGUGAGACUUGCUUCCUUUCUUAUGCUACCAGCAAUAAAUCCAAUGCAGAAGCUUACCGGUUGUUGACCGGUAAAUUGGGGGAGGAAUCUGGCUCCAGAUUUGAUCAUGUUCCAUUACUUGGUGAACAUACGAUUGCAAAACGCUGUUCUUGUUGUGGUGAGCAAUGGGUUUUAAAUAGUUAUGACCAAAAGGUGGUAUUUAACAAGUCAAUCGGGUCUGGCCCUGCUGAUUUUGAUGCAUCAGAUUCUGUUGGAAACAGUUUUCAUGAGAAAAGAAGUUCAAAGCCAUUUGUAUCAGUCAGAGAUGCACCCCUUAGAAACAAUCAUGUGGAUCCUUUGUCCCGUGUAGGUUACACAGAACUCAAUAUUACUUCUGAUACUGAGUCUGAAUCUGAAGUUCCCUUAUCUGAUGAUGAUAAAAGAUGUUCAAAGCCAUUUGUAUCAGUCAAAGAUGCACCCCUGAGAAAUAAUCAUGUGAAUCCUUUGUCUCGUGUAGGUUACACAGAACUCAAGAUUACUUCUGAUACUGAGUCUGAAUCUGAAGUUCCCUUAUCUGAUGAUGAUGGUAUAAGCAUACCGAUUCAUGGAACAGAUCACACCAAGGAAGAUAUAGAAGUUCCGUGUAGUCAUACGGAGCCUAGCCCUAUUGAUUUACAUGAAGAUUUGGCUUCAGGGAAGUCCAAGACUUCAGCUUCUGUACUUGAGCCAUUGUUAUCAAAAUCACGAACGCAAUUAGAAAAUACAGAUCUUUGUGCUAAUAAAUCUUCAGCAGCAAUGACAGAAAGAGGGAAUGGUUUUGUGGAACAUGACUGGCAGCAGGUUGAAAGAAGUGCUGUUUGUCCUUCACCAAGUGAACAUAUUUCCUGCAACGAUGUCCCUACAUCAUCAAAUAAAAUUGGAAUCCCUCUUGAAGUAUCAAAGGAGAACUAUGAUUCAACAACUGUUGAAGUGGGGCUAACAUCUGAGCAAAGACCCACCAUGGACGGUGAGGAAAUCGUUAAGUCAGGCAGUAAGCUGACAACAUCUAAAGCAGGUUUAGAACCAACCCCGGUUUCGAGCGAUAUUGCUCUGCAAAAUCCUGUUUUACUGGAUCUUGGCGAUGCUUAUAAGCUUGCUGUCAGUAAUAGAGGAAGGCAGCUGUCUGGCAUGCUUGCAGAAGUCUGGACUGGGAAAGAUUCUACAAGAGUUAGUGAAGAUUUGAAGACAUUGCUGUCACAAUUUUCUGCCACUCGAGGAUCUGAUCUUCCUUUUUAUGAUAUCAGUCCUAGAUUGUCUAUAAAUAGCGAUGAAGUGAAGACUUCUGAUGUUUCUAACUCUGCUGGAAUGCAGAUGCUUCAAAAAAUGAUUUCACUUGAGCGAAAUGAGUCUGGUUUGUCUCUUGAUGGAAGCAUUGUCAGUGAAAUUGAAGGUGAAAGCUCGGUUGACCGACUAAGAAGACAAGUUGAUCAUGACCGGAAACUUUUAAAUGCUUUGUAUAAAGAGCUGGAGGAAGAAAGAAAUGCUUCUGCAGUUGCUGCGAGUCAAGCAUUAGCCAUGAUCACUAGGCUACAGGAAGAAAAGGCAACAUUACACAUGGAAGCCUUGCAAUACUUAAGAGUGAUGGAUGAGGAGUCAGAGUAUGAAACAGAAGCUUUGCAAAAGGCUAACGACCUUCUUGCUGAGAAGGAAAAAGAGAUAGAAGACUUGGAAGCAAAGCUUAAGUUUUAUAGGAUGAGAUUCCCUGAUGAAUCAGUUUCGGAGAACAUUGUGGAGACAAACUCUGAAAUGAAGUUGAAAGAUAUUGGAUUAGAUCAUUCACAAUUUGCUUGCAUUGAAAAUGAUGAAAGUGUCAUUGGAAAAUCAGUUACUGAGAUUCCUAAUAUCUCUGACAAAUCUGACAUUCUACCCACAUCUUUGGAGGAAAACAAUGUUCAAUCUAUAAAAAGUUCUCCUUUAGAGUUUCAAGAUGAAAAGCUAUAUAUUUCCCAAUGUUUGGAGAAGUUGGAGAAGCAAGUUCUUGAGGAAGAUCAGAGUUUCUUUGAGCAUACUGUCAACCUACUGAGCAAGGGAGACAAAGGACUUCAAUUAUUGCAGGAAAUAGCUGAUCACCUGCACCAAUUACGCAGGAUUGGGAUGAGAGAAAUAAAUCAACCUGUUGCUUGAUGCUGUAUAUAUAUGAUUCAUAUACUGAUACUCAACUACCAGGAGGAAGGAAAAUUGUACAAUAAUGAACCAGAUUACCAAGACUGUUUGCAACUGUACAGUAACAAUAGCUUGCUUUCAUCCAAGAAAAUAGGAUUUGAAAUUAUAUGGAGAGCUUUUUCACCCUUUCUCCCCUGCAUUUUUAUUUGGGGUUAGUUUCAUUUGACAUUUUGAUGCUUGGAGUUGGCAAGGUUUUCACCUGUGGCCAUUUCAAUAGUUUUUUACAAUACAUUUUUCUUUUCUUUUGUUAUUUUUCGAGUUGUAAAUGACUAGAAGCUAUGAGUGAUUGUGAUUUCUGGUUUAA